UCCGUCAGCCCCCGCCAUGGGUCCCAUCAGCCCCCCCCCCGUGGGCUCCAUCCAGCCCCACACAUCCCGCGCUGCCGGCUCCGCCUUGAAGCCACCUGGAUCCCAAGCGGGACUCGACAGGAAUCCAAGUGGAUCCCAACUGAAGCGCAACCGGAUCCCAGGUGAAACUCAACCGGAUCCCAACUGGAAUCCAUCGAGGACUCAACUGGUUCCCAACUGGAUCUCAACCAGAUCCCAACCGGAUCCCAGCUGGAUCUCAACUGGGAUUCAACCGGUACCCAGCCAGGACUCAACUGCAUCCCAACCGGAUCCCAAACCGGAUCCCAACCAGGACUCAACUGCAUCCCAACCGGAUCCCAACUGGAUCUCAACCGGGAUUCAACCAGAUCCCAACUGGAUCCCAACUGGAUCUCAACCAGGAUUCAACCGGUACCCAACCAGGACUCGACUGCAUCCCAACUGGAUCCCAACUGGAUCUCAACCAGAUCCCAAACCGGAUCCCAACCAGGACUCAACUGCAUCCCAACCAGAUCCCAAUUGGAUCUCAACCGGGAUUCAACCACAUCCCACCCGGAUCGCAGCCGGAUCCCACCCAUGGCGCUGGGGCUGGAUGCCGGGCCCCCCCCGCACCCCACAUUUGGCUUUGCCGGUGCCUUACCCGCGGUGACGGCGUCACCGGAACCCGCUCCUGGUGCUCCCGGUGCUCCCGGCUCCGGCCCCACGGACGCUGCGGCAAACGCCGGCCCCAUGGAGGCGAAUUGACUCAAACCGGGGUGGCGCCGGGGGGGGGGGGGUGGACGGGACACAGGGGGUGUCCCCCCCCCCAAAUUUGGGGGCCCCCCCGGACGGUACGAGCAAUAAACUGGGAGAUUUUUGGA